AUGUGUAGUGUGCAACUGGCCGACGAGCCUUUCGUUUAUGCGGUUUUCGGAAUCCAAUAUCCAGCCGGAAAUCCGACAGAUUCCCAGAAAGCUCUGACAGGGGAGUUCGACGGUCUCAUUUCCGGCCACGCGGCACACAUUGACACACUCUUGCAAGAUGGUUGUGCCACUCCAAACACUGGGAAGACGUACGUUUGGCUUACGUACUGGAAGUCUGUUGCGGACUACCAGAAGUGGUGGACUCGAGAGGAUGUGUCUCAAUUCUGGGCAGAUCUUCCUCUUGACGCGGGCAUAUGGAGAGAAGUCAUGACCCCAUCCCCUCGACGAAGUCAAUACGCGUCCAGCCGGGUAGAGCCCUCCGGUCUGGGAAAUUUGGGCAAACCAAUCAGUCUGGGCGAGAAGUCGGGCUACUGGGGAUGCUACCGCCAUCGAAAGUCUGAUCACACUUCGGAUAAAAUGGUGUCUCCGGUGCAAGAGAAGUUGGUGCCUCAUCGACCUUUGCACAGCCCCUCGGCGGAGACAUCGGGUCCUGAGAUUCGCCCCGGUCGGGUUCACCUGACGCAGUUCCCAGACAACAUCUGUUUUGUCGUCGAAGGACAAGACCAUUCCGCCAUUACGAAAGAAGAACAAAAAUUCUGGCUUGGAAACCUUGAUGAUUUGGUCAAUAAUUGGAUCAAAGAUCUCAUUGAGGCAGGACCUGAGUCAGGGAUUCUUGAUGGACGGAUAUGUUAUGAUCCCGAGGGUGGCCGGUUCCGCGAUGGAGAGCCUAACGCACUGGGGUAUAACAAGAAAAUCCAAUUGUUCUACUUCCAAGAUCUAGGCCAAAUGGAGAAGAUUGGACGACUGAAUAAAGGCCAUGUUGAGCUGCGAAAGAAGAUCUUUGAGUCAUAUGGCCCCGGGGGGGAGAUGAUGGCCGGGAAGAUUAUGCUCCAGGUCGAAACGACUGUUUUGAAAUCUGGUGAGAUUGAUUGUGAAUAUGUUGGAUGUGCUGAAGGAACCGGUUUUAUGGCCUUUGGUUCCUAUCCGCAGCAUAUCUCUUAA